AACCUCAAAAUAAACCCGUUCGCGAUACAAAUUGACAGCAGGGACAUCAGUGUUGCUUUUUUUAAUCUUCACAGUGACCCACCUGCCGCUAUGCUAUCUUGCUCAACUUUACUUCUCGUUUCAUUGAUUCAUUCAGAGGCCCUGCUGUGUUUCUGUUCUUAAAUAUUUUUUUUAUUUUUUAUUUCAAGUCGAAUAAUCAAUCUUUUUGCAACGGUGUUACUUCUGCUGUAUAAUCUGCUAUAUUGCCGAAUACGAACUUGCCCCUUGACGCACUCUAAAUUUAGGAGAAAGUGUUACAAAGAAAGUAUCAGAAAAAUCUCUCUGUGCAGCUAGGCGUCCAUAUGUGAGGACAUCUGAGUAAAGUUUAUCGAUUUUGUGGGAGGAAAGUGACUUCUUAUGUUGCUGGAUCUGGUUCGAUCGUUCCUGAACUAUUCUCCAGACUACAGCUUCUGCCCUUGGCAGAUGCAAUUUUUGUUCCCGUCCAAAAUAGUGCAAGGCGUUAUGGAGUUUUAUAAUGAAAUUGGUGAACAAAUGAGACAAGAGGGUCAUGUUGGCUACUCGAAAAAGUCUUGGGCAGAAUUGGGUGAAGUUGUUGGCGACCUUCGUCGAAGACUCUCUGGAAUGCUCUCCGGUUCUGUACCCGGAUCAGUUUCCUUCAGAUCUCUGCCUGACGGAAGGACCAGAAUCUAUUUUCUGAGUACGUCAAGCAGCGGCUGUGAAACCACCCUCCUGUACGUGGAUAUCGGUCAUUCGGAUCACGCGAAUGGAUACAAAUUGCACUGGCAGCCUGUGAUAGAAGCCAAUUUUCAAAUUGUCGCCAACUCAAAUCGCCUUUCAAAAGAGGAGCAGUUGCUCUGGGAGAGAAAAAGACUAGUGACCUUUGGAAUUACGAGUUACGAGAUGCAUGCAGAGAGUGGUAAAUUGGUCUUUCCGGCAGCAAGUAGUCUCUAUCAGUGUGUGGACACUGGUUUCGUGCCAGGUCCUUUAUUUCCGUCAGAGAUCCGAAUGUCCACUCCUGGCGCCAAGUUGUGUCCACAAAUUUGCCCCUGGAACAGUGCCUUAGUGGUUCACACGUGCGCGGGAGACUUGCACUUGUCCCACUGCAUCACCGGAUCUUCGGUCAGACUGACUCGAGCGAGAAAGGGUGGCCAGAGUUUGGCUGACGACCCGCUCACGGCGGGAACUCCGUCCUAUGUUAUGCAGGAAGAGUUUCUCAGAUAUAUUGGUUAUUGGUGGCAGCCAAAAUCUAGAGAUGGAAUAUACAGGAUAGUGUACGAGGAGGUGGACGAGAGCGACGUAAAGAUAUUCCGGCAGCCUUCGAUGACGACGAGCUCCGAGGAAAUGGAUGAGUUUAGGUUUCCCCGGGCAGGCACAAGCAAUGCCCGGAGUAAUUUAAAGAUGGUGCAAUUUAAACUGACGGACACUUUGCAAAUUGUGGACAUUCAGACCCUGGAGUUGCAAUUCCCGCUUCAUAUUAUGUUUCCGUGGAUGGAGUAUAUGGUCAGGGCAGGCUGGAUGCCUGAUGGUCGAUAUAUGUGGGUGCAACUUCUCGAUAGGAAACAGCAACGCCUCGAGCUGGUUUUACUUUCGUUGGACAAUUUUUGUGAACCUCCACCGAAUGUUUACAACUCUGAAAAUCACGUAGCACCCUCUUCAUCGAGCGUUCAAGUUAUUUACUCUGAGCACAACUCCUGCUGGGUCAAUGUAAACGAUUUACUUUAUUUCUUACCCUCUGACGACCCGACAGAAGUGAAAUUCAUUUGGGGGAGCGAAGAGACGAAUUUUAGACACUUGUAUGUCGUCACGUCUAGUAUUGCUGGAUCGAGUAAUGGGGUAGAAGAACCUCUCGAUAGGAUGGACAGUGUCUUCUCGGAGCCACGAAUAAUCUCAAAGAUUGCUCUGACCCAAGGAGACUGGCAGGUUUUGCAAAGGAAUUUGUGGGUCGACGAGAAGAAUUCGAUAGUCUAUUUUCUCGGUCUCCGCGAAGGCCCUCUGGAGCAACACAUCUAUGCCGUUUCUCUGCAGAGACCUUUAGAAAUUAGACUGCUCACACGACCAGGAUACAGUUACAACAGUGUGUCCUUCAACAAAGACUGCUCGAUGCUCGUGACUGUUUACAGCUCUAUUAAAACGCUACCUGCUUCCCAAGUAUUUCGAGUGUCACAAUCUGACUGGACUGUCGAGAGUAUUGUCCUAACUCCAGUCGGCUAUCUGCUGGAGCCAUCGAUGCUCGAGUCGGAGCUUCUUGUUCCAGAAAUCUUCACGCACAAGAUUUCCUCCGGCGAAACACUUUAUGCGAUGAUCUUCAAGCCUCACAACUUUCAGCCUGGUCUUGUAUAUCCGACUGUAAUGAAUGUGUACGCUGGGCCCGAAAUUCAACUAGUUUCAAAUACAUUCAAGGGUAUGAAGCAUUUGAGGAUGCACAUGUUGGCUGCUCAAGGCUACUGUGUCGUUAUGGUAGAUUCAAGAGGCUCGCAAAAUCGAGGCUUUGCUUUCGAGAGUCAUCUCCGGAGAAGAAUGGGAACCGUGGAGUUGAAAGACCAGGUCGAGGUGCUGAAAUGGCUGGCGGAGACAACUGGCUACAUAGACACAAAUCGAGUGGCAAUUCACGGAUGGUCUUAUGGAGGCUACAUGAGUCUCAUGGGCUUGAUUCAGUAUCCUGACGUCUUUAAACUCGCAAUUGCUGGAGCUCCUGUAACUUCCUGGCACCUCUACGACACUGGAUACACAGAGCGAUACAUGGAUCUGCCCCAGGAUAACCAGGAAGGGUAUGCGAAUGGCUCAGUUUUAACUCACGUAAACAAAUUUCCAGACGAGGAAAAUCGUUUGCUGAUAAUCCACGGGAUGAUGGAUGAGAAUGUGCACUUUUAUCACACGAGUCAACUGAUAAACGCCCUCGUCAAGACUGGCAAGCCCUAUCAACUGCAAAUUUAUCCCGACGAGAGGCACAGCCUCAGAAAUUUAGACGCGAACAAACACUACGAGACGACCUUUUUGUCGUUUCUACAGAAUCAUUUAUAAAUCUAUUGCUAAUUAAUUUAAAUGCUUACUCUUAACAUAUUUGUCGAACCUGACGCUGUAGUGAUUGCGAAAUUCAAUUGCUGCUGUCGUGGCUGCUACUACUGUUACUAAGAAUAUUUUAGAGCAAAAGAUGCAAUCGACUGCCAUUAAUUUUUAUAUGUAAAUAAGAAUGUAAUAAGAGUGGUGGCGGCGGCGGCGGCGGUGGCGGCGGCAGCGAGUAGCAGUGGUAGCGGUAGUGGUAGUAGUGGCGAUAGUAGUAACGGACGAGAGCGCGCAGGAAUAAUUUAUAUCUUUACGGCGUUUUCGCGAGACAUCACCAGCAAGUGUGCUUUCCCUUGUUUAUAUUUACAAUUGACUGCCGGAGCCGAUCGACGAUUCAAGUAAACAGUAUUAUAAAAAUGUUUUUUUAUCUAUUGAUGCAUUGAGAGAAAGAAUGUGUGUGUGUGUGUGGGUGUGUAUGUGUGGUAAAAAUGAAAAAUCUAUUGUGAAGUCCUUUUUAAACAUAUUUGUUGGUGGUGGCAGCGGCGGUGGUAGUGCUGUGAGACAAAAUUAAUCUUGCUAUCUAGAAUUCUUGACGAUUGACGUGUAUAUAUGUACGUGCGUGCGUGUACGACUUAAAUUUAGGAGCAUAGCUAAAAAUGAAAAAAUUUGAUUUACCGAAAUAAAAGCAUACUUGUUACGUAAUAACGAAUUAGA